AUGCGUAUCAGACCUCAGGCUGGACUUGAAGAAGAACUGUUAAAGGCAUCUGAGAUCAAUCAAGAACAUUUGAGGGCAGAACUGGAAGAGGCCAAAGUUUCAUUGCAAAAAAUGGAGGUUGCUCAAAGGAGCUUAGAAACCGAACUGCAGGCUACAGUGAAAUCAUUAACUCAAGUCACUGAAGAGAAAGAAGCACAGGUGGAAGAAUGUGAAAAAAAUAAGGUUUUGCAUACAUCCGCGAGAGAGAAGUUAGAGGCUUCUAUCUCCAGUUUGGAAAGCUUACUGCAAAAAGAGCAAAAUAGAUUGGAGAAAUAUGAAGAGGAGUCAAAGCUACUCACAUUGGAGCUCAGAAACAAGUCUGCUGAACUGGAAGAGAUGACUAAACUAAAAUCUGACAAAGAGAUGCAACUUGAGGAGCUGUCAGAAACACUGAGAAAAGCUGAAGCACUGCUAGUGAAGAAGAAAGAUCUUGAGGCUACUGUAGAGGAUUUGCAGAAGAGAGAAAAAGAAAUGAACGAUGCUCUCCAAAUUAGAGAGGUCUGAUUAAAGGGUGAUAGUAGCAUGUUUUUAGAAAUAGUUAAAUUACACAUUAUCGCGUGUCUGUAAGUGCAUAAGAAAUACUGCAUAGUCAGACCAGUGCUCCACUCGGUGCUCAGCUCUGCACGUGACAGUUACAGCAGAAUGUAAGAUGUAGUAGAGGAGCCCGACUAUUAUCUGUGGGCUGUUCUCCUACAUUUGUACAGUAGCUGCAUUAAGGAUGUUUUUGAGGACACAUCCCUGUCGGUUGCCUCUGUUGUCAGUUUAUGCACUUGGUCACAUUCACUUGUCUCAGUUGUUUUUGAACCUCCUCAUACUAUUUGCCUCCAUAGCCUUCUGCGAUAAGAAAUUGCAGAAGUUCGUUAUGUGCUGUGCUUAAAAACUCACCUCUCUCCCUCCCUUUCCCUGCCACCAUCAAUUGCCAGUGUGCAUGGUACCAGUAUAGCAUCAAUUAUUUGGUGGAAGCAGUAGUCAAAGCAUUUGUAUAUUAUAAACCACAUUACGUUACAAGGCUUACCUUAUCUUGUAGUGGCAAACAUUUCUGAAGGAAGAGUUUCACUUUGUGGGUUGGGAUUUAUCCAAGCUGUGGUUAUUAUAUCUUAUAGUACUGGAAUGCUGUGGGUUUUUUUAAUUAUUUGAUUUGUUUAGGUGAUAACAAAAACUUAUGGUGUCUGAAGCAAAUGUCUGUAUUUGAAAUGAUGUCCAAGGAAAGCUAAGUUUGUUAGUAAUUUUGCAGAUUUGUUAGGCUUAGAACAGGGGAGACAUUUCACAUUCGUAUGAGCUCAAUAUCUCGCACUACUCCCACCUCACACCAGAGGGGAGUAGAGAUGCAGUCUGGCUAAGUUAUCGUAUGUAUGUAGUUUUGUUUCAUCUUAAGAUUUUGUCUUGUCAGUUCAUUUCUGAUAGCUUUCAUGACUUGUAGUUUACAUAUGUGUACUCAAAACACUUUCUUUUUCUUCUGCAGAAAGAAAUCCAUGAUUUGAAAGCACAGCUGACUAGUACAGCUGAAAAGGAACAAAAUUAUUUAAAACAGCUUACGACACUGAAUACAGACCUUGAACAAGAGUUGUAUGAUCAUUUUUGAAAAUAUAGU